CGUCCCGGCAACGCGCCGCUGGGUCGCACUGAGUAACGCGUGGAAGCUAACUGUCUGCCUGGGCACACUCGGCUUUGCAGGGACCGCUGCGGCAGAGAAAUGACCGAUGAUGACUCCGACAGCGUCCUCAGCGAGUCGCAGACCGGGGAGGAGAGCGAGCUGCCUGUCAUCCAGCUGUGCGGGCUGGUGGAGGAGUUUAGCUAUGGAAACUCUGCUCUCAAAACUGAGACAGAGAUGUUUGAAAAAUAUUACAGUAAACUGGAGUCCAGGGAUCACCAAGCUCCACAAUUAUCAGAAAUUAAAAUACCGGCAGAAUUUGCACAGUUCCGAGGCAGGCGUAGAUCUAAAACCCGCACUGGUAUGGACCGUGUGUCAGUCCUCACUGUUGACCAAAAACUUGAGCUUGUACAAAAAGAGCUGGAAGACAUGAAGGAAGAAAUAAGGCACAUGAGGGCAAAUGCCGAACGGGACCUGCAGCAUCAUGAGGCUAUUAUUGAGGAAGCAGAAAUACGAUGGACUGAAGUUCAGAGAGCAGUGUACGAGUUUGAAAAAGAUAUUCUAAAAACCAUAUCCAAGAAGAAAGGGAGUAUUUUGGCCACUCAGAAAGUGAUGAAGUACAUCGAGGACAUGAACCGCCGGAGGGAUAAUAUGAAGGAUAAAUUACGUUUGAAAAAUGUUUCUCUCAAAGUUCAGAGGAAAAAAAUACUUUCACAAUUGAGGCAGAAGGAAGAAUUGGGCGAGGCCCUCCACGAAGUCGACUUUCAGCAGCUGAAGAUUGAGAAUGCUCAGUUUUUAGAGACAAUUGAAGCAAGGAAUCAAGAACUGAUCCAGCUAAAGCUGGCAUCAGGAAACACCCUGCAGGUCCUCAACACAUACAAAAGCAAGCUUCACCGAGCAAUGGAACUAUCCAUCAAUCUGGACAAGGAGAUCUUGGUGAGAAAUGAGCUACUUGAAAAAAUUGAAAGAGAAACCCUACAAGCAGAGGAGGACCGGGCCAAAGCCGAGGCUUGGAACAAGAAGUUACGGAAGCAGCUGGCUGAGUUCCGAGCUCCACAGGUGAUGGUGUACCUCCGGGAGAAGAUCUUAAAUGGGGACCUGGAGAAGAGCAUCAGGAUGUGGGAAAGGAAAGUGGAGAUUGCAGAGAUGUCCUUAAAAGGCUACCGCAAGGCUUGGAAUAAAAUGAAAACAACCAAUGAGAAGUUGCAGGCAAUUUGCCCCCCUGGGAAAUAGCCAGAUCCAUUAAAGUAUCAGCUCCUUUCUA